CGCACGGCCGGCAGGGGGCGCCGGACCCCAGGGCGGGGCGGGGCUGCAUCCACCUGCCCUUUGGUGCGGCUGGAGCAGACGCCUGCCCUAGCCGUUCCCUCCAGCACUUCCCUUCUUUGGGCGCGGUCCCCUGUGUCGCGAGGGAGGGCGACUGGCCCCCUCGGACCUGGUGCGGACUGCCGGGCGGUGGGGAGGCCCAGGGGUGCUGGGUGGAGGGUGCGGAACUUUCUAGAAAACGGCCAGGCGGGUUGGAAGGCCCAGCAUCCUGCGGUGUGUCCAGGGUCACGGGGCGGAGUUCAGAAGGGCGGGAGGGCCUGGGGGCCACGAGGCCAGGUGGGGGCCACCUGAGCUGGGAGGUCGUGGGUUAGGGUUGCUAAAAUCAGAAACAGACGGAGACGAGCCUUGCGUAGCCCCUGAGCGGACAGAGCUGGUCUGGUCCUGGGGCAGAGCUUAGGGUUGCCGUGUUUCUCAGGGCUAGCCUGACCCCUGUCGCUUCUUGCUGGUGCCGCUGCGAACGAUAAAACGGGAACCGUGGGCCCGGGUUGGCGGGAGGCGAGCGCCGAGAAGGGGCCGCGUUGCACCGAGCGCGCCCCGCGGUCCGGGCUGCCUGCGGUCCGGGCUGCCUGCCGCGCCCGGACGCCCCCCGCCCCGCGGGCGGGCCUGCUCUGCCAGCCGUGGUUUGGCGUGUGCACAGUCCGUGUGCCCUGACGAGGCUCAGUGACUCAUUGCUUUCACGGGGGCUACUGGGGAGCUCUGCCCGGGCCGGGGCCACCUCAGACGCUAGACGCGGGGGUGGGGGGCACCUGCAGCGGAGAGGGGCCUGAAGCUGGGCUGCGGCCACCGUGGGUGGGGGAGAGUCACCUGCUGCGAAGAGGUCACGAGACCAGGCAGGGAUCAGCUGGGACCCGGAGGUCCUGAGGCCAGGUUGGGGUUGGGGUCACCUGGAGAUCGGUGAGGUCGCGUGGCAGGGGCGGGGCGGGACUGGGCGAGGGGCCUGGGCUGGAGUCUCGUGGGCGGCAGCGGCGCAGGGCCAGGGCCAACAGUCGCUGCGGGCCGACCCCCUCGGGUCCCCAGCGCCCGGACUGAGCGCCGCGCCAGGGGCCUAAGGCUCGGGGAUCGUCCCUGUACGCUGGCUGCGUCAGCGCUUCCCGGGGCGUACUUGGGGUGGCCGCACCUGCCGUGCCCCGUGCACCUCUGCGACCAGGAGGCCGCCGAUCCAACCGUAAAGUAAUGACCUGAGUAGGGAAGCUUCGGUCCCUGCCACCCCAAGACCGCGGAUUAGCGAUAGAGGGUCUCCCUGUUACCGGCGGAAGCGGUGCUGUUUACCUGGGCUUUUGUUGGCCUCUUUUCCCUCUGUCUCCUUCACCAGAAGGUGGGCUCCAUGAGGAAAGGGACUUGUCUAGCUCACCGGGACAUCUCAGGGUCCUGGAGUGCCUGGCAGAGAGGAGGCACUCGCCGCUGCUGAUGCCUCCCCUCCACGUGAGAAUGUGCAGGAAUUUCAAACUUCUUCUUUGGAAGAAUUUCACCUUGAAGAAGCGGAAGCCCCUGGUCGCCGUGCUCGAGGCCCUCACGCCGCUGUUGUUCUCUGCGAUCGCCAUGUACCUUCGCCUCCACAGUGUGCCCAGGAAAUGGCCUCCUUUGAACCACCCCGCCGUCAACAUCAGUUUGCUGCCAGCGUUCUUCUACUUCCCCACGCAGGCUAAAUACCAGCUCGCGUACAUCCCGUCCCAGAGCGACGCGCUGAGGGCUGUCACGGAGAUGGUGCAGGACGCCUUCGACGUUGAGUUUGAAGUUCUAGGCUAUUCUUCAGUGCCCGUCUUUGAGAAUUACAUAAUCCAGGAUCCCAAAGGCUUCUACAUGUGGGCUGGAAUUGUCUUGGAUCACAGCUUCAGGGACAGCAAGCAGCCCCUGCCAUUGAAGAUCAAGUACCGCCUGCGCCUGAGCAGCGUGCACAGGAGCCCCUUGGCCUUGAAGGUCGCCGCCGACCAUGAGCGCCUGGAGGGCUGGUGCACAGGCCUGCGCUACCCUCUGAACCCUAGCCAAGUGCCCCGGGCCUUCGGACAUUUCGACGGGGGCCUCCCUGGAUACAGCAAGGAAGGCUUCCUGACCCUACAGCACGCGCUGGACAAGGCCAUCAUGCGGCACCACGCCCACAAUGCCACCGCCCAGAUGUUCCAGGAUCUCACGGUGCUGGUGAAGCAGUUCCCGCACGGAGCCCACAUCCAGGACACGUUCUUGCUGGUCCUGCAGAGUGAGUUCCCUCUCCUGCUCACGCUCAGCUUCCUCUGCCUCGAGCUCAUCAUCAUCAAUUCCGUGGCCCGGGAGAAGGAGAAGAGGCUGAAGGAGUACAUGUGCAUGAUGGGGGCGAGCAGCCGGCAGCACUGGGCCGCCUGGUUCCUCACAUUCUUCAUCUCCGCCCUUAUCGCUGUCUCUCUCAUGACUGUCCUCUUCUGCACGCAGGUGAACGGUGUGACGGUGUUCAGAAACAGCGACCCUAGUUUGAUAUUCGUUUUUCUACUGUGCUUUGCUACGGCCACCAUUUUCUUUGCAUUCAUGAUCAGCACAUUCUUUCAAAAAGCCCACGUCGCAGCUGCCGCGGGGGGCAUCAGCUUCUUCUUCACGUACCUCCCGUACCUGUACUUCACGUUCAGCUACCCCCAGAGGACGCACUUCCAAAAGCUGGUCUUCUGUCUGCUCUCCAACGUGGCCAUGGCACAGGGGGUCCAAUUAAUCUCCACGUUUGAGAUAAAAGGCACGGGUAUGCAGUGGAAAACUAUCGGCAGCGUGAGUGGGGAGUUUAACUUCUGCCAGGUGUUGCUGCUGCUGCUGUUGGACGCCGUCCUGUACAGCGUGGUGGCCUGGUACGUGGAGGCCGUCCUCCUGGGCGAAUAUGGUGUCCCUAAGCCGUGGUACUUCUUUGUCAUGCCGUCGCACUGGCGCGGACAGUCUCUGCUCCUCACACGGUCCGUGCUAGACAUUGGGGACCUUAGCAAACCUGCGGAAAGCAAGUUCUUUCAGGAAGAGCCCACCAGUUUGGUGAAGGGGAUUGAAAUCCAGCAUCUCUACAAGGUGUAUGACACGGGAAGGGACAGCCACAGAGCGGUCAAAGAUCUGACCCUGAAUCUGUACCAGGGGCAGAUCACCGUCCUUCUGGGACACAGCGGAGCCGGCAAAACCACCCUGUGCUGCAUGCUGGCAGGUCUUAUUCCCCCUUCAGGUGGAUGGGCCUAUAUCAAGGGGUAUGAAAUUUCUCGCGAUAUGGCUGAGAUCCGGAGGAGCCUGGGCUGGUGCCCCCAGCACGAUAUCUUGUUCCCAGACCUCACCGUAGCCGAGCAUCUUUCUUUCUAUGCUCAGCUGAAGGGCUUGUCCCAUCGGAAGUGCCCCGAGGAAGUCCAGCGGAUGCUGCACAUGCUCGGCCUGGAGGACAAGCAGGACACCCUGAGCCGGUUCCUGAGCAGGGGCAUGAGGCGCAAGCUCUCCAUUGGGAUCGCCCUCAUAGCGGGCUCCAAGGUGCUGAUGCUGGACGAGCCCACCUCGGGCAUGGACGCCCUCUCCAGGAGGGCCAUCUGGGACCUCCUGCAGCAGCACAAGAGCGACCGCACCGUGCUGCUGACCACGCACUUCAUGGACGAGGCUGACCUGCUGGGGGACCGUGUGGCCAUCAUGGCCAAGGGGGAGCUGCAGUGCUGCGGGUCCUCGAUGUUUCUCAAGUGGAAGUACGGCGGCGGAUAUUACAUGACUUUGGUGAAGAAACCUCACUGCAACACAGAGGAGAUCUGUUGUCUGAUUUAUCACCAUAUCCCAAAUGCGGUUUUGCAGUCCAGCAAGGGAGAAGAAUUAACCUUCAUUCUUCCUAAAAAGGACACACACAGGUUUGCAUCUCUCUUCACCCAGCUGGAAGCGAGGCAGGAGGAGCUGGGGGUCGCCAACUUCCAAGUGGCGGUCACCACUAUGGAGGAGGUCUUCAUGCGGGUUAAGAAGCUGUCAGACAGCAACACAGAUGUCCAAGCCCUCAAGAUCUCCUCCACGCAGUUCCAACAAAGAGUGUCUGUCAGCAGGAUUAAACGCAUCCAGUCCCGGAUCUUCUCAAUGCAGCCGGGCCUGCCAGUCCAGCUGAACACAGGGGCCCGCCUCAUCUGCCAGCAGUUCUAUGCCAUGUUCCUGAAAAGGUUCACGUACUCUUGGCGCAACUGGAUGUUGAUGGUAACGAUGCAGGUCCUGGCGCCACUGGCGAUCACCGUCUUCAGCCUGGCCUUCCUCAGCUUGGAUACGCGCAUGGAUGAGGUCCCGCUGGAACUGACCCUAAAAACAUACGGUCGAACCACCGUCCCUUUCUAUAUUUCUCCCAAUUCCAGGCUGGGUCCUCGGCUUUCGGAAUAUUUUACAAACAUGCUUGAAGCUGAGGAGCAGCUCCCUCUGGAGACCCUGGGUUCCGUGGAGGACCUCCUCCUGCAAAAGGAAGAGGAGGAGCCUGAGGUCUUUGAUUACAAAUACGUCGUGGCGGCUUCAUUUGAGGACUCGGGGAACCACACCACAGUGACGGCGCUAUUCAACAACCACGCGUACCACUCGCCCGCCGUGGCACUGGCACUUGUAGACAACAUUCUCUUCAAGCUGCUCUCCGGGGCCAGAGCCUCUAUCACAGCCGUCAACCACCCUCAGCCCCGGACGGCCCUGGAAGCCUCGGAGGAUAUCCUGUACCAGGGCCCGAAGGCACACUUCCUCAUCACCAACUUGCUUUUCGGAAUAGCGUUCUUGUCCAGCUCCUUCUCCAUCUUGACAGUGAAAGAGCGGUCCACGAAGGCCAAACACAUCCAGUUCACCAGCGGCGUUUACGUGGCCACUUUCUGGCUCUCUGCGCUGCUGUGGGACUUCAUCACCUCCUUCGUCCCCAGUCUGCUGCUGCUGGUGGUGUUUCUGUACUACAAGGAAGAAGCUUUCACGCAUGAGGGCAACAUCCCGGCCAUUCUCUUGGCGCUCGCGCUCUACAGCUGGGCCAGCACCCCCUUCGUCUACCUGGCCAGCUUCUGCUUGCACUACGAAGGCAGCGCCUUCAUCAAGCUCUUCAUCACACUCACCUUCCUGAGCAUCUGCCCCAACAUUCUCGUCUGGGUCACAAGCCAAAAAGAGCUGGGCUACGUGACAUUGUCAGACUCCUUGGACCGCAAGUUCCUAUUGCUGCCAGGCCACUGCCUGGGAAUGGCCCUCUUCAACUUAUACUACAACUAUGGAAUCCAGAAGCUAUGCAAAGCCAGGAAACUGGACCAGCAGGAGUGUAAUCAACUUUCAGAGGGAUCCACAGUCCAGGAGAGCAUCUACGCCUGGGAGCCUCUUGGGAUGGGGAAGUACCUGGCAGCCAUGGCUAUCAUGGGCUUUGUGUACCUCGUCCUGCUCUUCCUCAUUGAAACCAACGUCUUGUGGGGGCUGAAAGCCAGGUUUCCUGACUUCAACAGGAAGGGACUACUGCAGGGGACCAUGCAGGAGGCAGCGUCCAUGCCCGUAGACCAAGACGUGGAACAGGAGGCAAAGAUGGUGGAGACGUACUUGGAAAAGCUGCGUGCGGAAAACCCACUGGUUCUUAGAGAAGUGACAAAGGUCUACGUGCAGAAUGUGCCCCUGCUCGCUGUGAACAAGAUCUCCUUCACCGUUGGAGCAGGGGAGUGCUUUGGGCUUCUAGGCAGCAAUGGAGCUGGGAAAACGUCCAUCCUCAAAAUGCUGACCGGGGAAGAGCCCAUCACCUCUGGGGCCGCCUUUGUCAGGGGCCUCAGCAUCAGCUCUCACCUGAGGGAGGUACGGUCCCAGAUCGGCUACUGUCCGCAGUUUGGCACCCUGCUCAACCACAUGACUGGCCGGGAAACGCUGGUCCUGUACGCCCGGAUCCGGGGCGUCCCCGAGCGCCACAUCGCCACCUGUGUGGAACAAAUUCUUGACGACUUACUCAUGCACGCACACGCAGACAAGCUGGUGAAGACCUACAGCGGCAGCAACAAGCGAAAGCUGAGCACGGCCAUUGCCCUGCUUGGAGAGCCUUCGGUCAUCUUCCUGGAUGAGCCAUCCACUGGCAUGGAUCCCGUGGCCCGGCGUCUGCUCUGGGACACCGUGGCCCGGGCCCGCAAGUCCGGCAAGGCCAUCGUCAUCACCUCCCACAGCAUGGAGGAAUGCGAGGCCUUGUGCACCCGGCUGGCCAUGAUGGUGCAGGGUCAGUUCAAGUGCCUGGGCAGCCCCCAGCACCUCAAGAGCAAGUUCGGCAGCGGCUAUUCCCUGCAGGCCAAGGUGCGGGGCGACGGGCAGCAGGAGGCGCUGGAGGAGUUCAAGGCGUUCGUGACCCUGACCUUCCCAGGCAGCAUCCUGGAAGACGAGCGCCAAGGGAUGGUCCAUUACCACCUGCCUGGGGAUGACCUCAGCUGGGCCAAGGUGUUUGACAUUCUGGAGCAAGCCAAGACAAAAUUCAGGCUGGAUGACUACUGUGUCAACCAAGUGCCUCUGGAGGACAUUUUCUUGAGCUUCACCUGCUCUGCGUAUCCAACCAAAGAGGAACACAAACAAGAGCAAGAAGAGCCAGCAGACCAUUCACCAACCUCUCCACCUCCCUCUCCACUGCCCUCCCAGCCUCUCUCUCCACUGCCCUCCCAGCCUCCCUCUCCACCUCCCCCUCUACUUUUCUCCCAGCCUCCCUCUGAACCUCCCUCCCAGCCUCUCUCUCCAUCUCCCUCCCAACCUCCCUCUCCAACUAGCUUUCCAUCUCCUUCACAACCUCCCUCUCCAACAAGCUCUCCAUCUCCCUCCCAACCUCCCUCUCCAACUAGCUUUCCGUCUCCUUCACAACCUCCCUCUCCAACGAGCUCUCCAUCUCCCUCCCAACCUCCCUCUCCACUUCCGUGAGAUGUUUACUUCCCAUAAUAAAGAGUGCACAGUCUGCCAAAUGCUGCAAGGAGU